CGUGACACUGUCGGCGGGUGCCAGUCAAGUGCUGCUUGUUGCCGGGGGCAGGUCGGAGUAGCUUCAGAUAUUCAACAGGCUGUUGAGGAGUUCGCAGCGGUUCCUGCGUGGGUCUGAGCGCUGUGACGCAGGGAGCCCAGUAAUAUCUUGGGGCAGCUUUUUGUUUACUGACAGUUCUUUGGAUCUGAGGUGUCAGCGGACUGGCAGCUUUUCAUUGACAGGGAGACACCCCCCACCGCGCCAGCGGAUGAAGUGACUAAAACUUUCUGUUGGUUCCUGUGCUGCCCCUGACUGUACCACUCUCUCUGAAGGGGGGUGCCCACCUGGUGGUAAGUCUUUCUCCGGUGGGUAACCCCCUUACUGUUUGGGAAGACAUGGCUGAAGCGCCGUCGCCACCUGUGGUGGACAUAGACCCGGACUUCGAACCCUUUUCUCGGCCCAGGUCUUGCACUUGGCCCUUACCCCGGCCCGAGUUUAACCCCAGCAGUUCGGCCAAUUCAUCCCCGGCGCCUUCCCUACAACCGGAGCCGGCAGCCGGCAAUGUGGACUUUCUGAGCAACCUGAGUCUGCUGGAGGAGAGCGAGGACUUUGACCCGGCAGAGGCGCUUGGAGUAUGUGGGGAUUUCCCGUGCCAGGACAUCCGACAGCUUCAGCCCCCUAUCCCCCAGCAGCAACACCCCCAGCAGCAGCAGCAGGAGGCCCUUACUUUACUUGCCCCCUCCGUGCCAUCCGCUCUGUCCCCGGCCUCCUCCCCGUCCCCCCUGGGAGCCCAACAGCCCCGCAAGAGCAGCUCCUCCCGCCGCAACGCCUGGGGCAACCUGUCCUACGCCGACCUCAUCAGCCAGGCCAUCGAGAGCUCCCCGGAGAAGCGGCUCACCCUGUCCCAGAUCUACGACUGGAUGGUCAAGAAUGUGCCCUACUUCAAGGAUAAGGGCGACAGCAACAGUUCCGCCGGCUGGAAGAAUUCCAUUCGCCAUAAUCUAUCCCUGCACAGUAAAUUUAUGAGAGUACAAAAUGAAGGAACUGGUAAAAGCUCUUGGUGGAUCCUCAACCCUGAAGGAGGGAAAAAUGGCAAAUCUCCUAGAAGAAGAGCCGCUUCUAUGGACAACAACAGCAAAUUUGCCAAAAGUAGGGGAAGAGCUGCCAAGAAAAAGGCAUCAAUGCAGUCUGGCCAGGAUGCCAGUAGUGAUAGCCCUGGAUCACAAUUUUCCAAAUGGCCUGGAAGCCCUAGCUCACAGAGUAAUGAUGACUUUGAAACAUGGAGCACAUUUCGACCUAGAACAAGUUCCAAUGCCAGCACAAUCAGUGGGAGACUCUCUCCUAUUAUGCCGGAACAGGAUGAUCUUGGAGAUGCAGAUGUACACAAUCUGGUGUAUCCUUCAUCAGCAACCAAACUGACUUCUACUUUGCCAAGCCUUUCCGAAAUGGGAAAUUCAGAAAAUAUGGAGAACCUUUUGGACAACCUAAACCUUCUAUCACCAAACACUUCAACACAGUCCUCACCUGCUUCAAUGAUGCAGCAAAGCGGUUAUUUAUUUACAUCGCCAAACACAAGUUUGGGUUCCCCCAAUUCUGAAUACAGAAAAUAUGGUUAUGCUCAAACUGGCAUAAACCCCAUUUCACAGAUGCCUAUUCAAACCGUUCCAGAGAAUAAGUCAGGCUACAGAGCUGUUGGCCAAUAUCCUGUUCCUGCUGGACUUCUUAAGGAACUUCUAACAUCCGAUUCGCCCCCGCAUAAUGAUAUUUUAACGCCAGUAGAUCCUGCUGUUUCACAAGCCAACAGUAGAGUCCUGGGACAGAAUCCAUUAAUGGGACCCUCGGUAAUGUCAACAUAUGGCAGUCAGCCAUCCCACAAUAAAAUGAGCAAUCAUCCUCACUCACAUCAACCUAAUCGCCUGACGUCUGUCAAUGGUCGUCCCAUGAGCCAUAACUCUGGCAUUACCCGCUUAUCUACAGUGAAAACUUCAGUACAAGUGCCUAUGUCUCAACCCAUUCACAUGACAAGCAUGGGUUCUUAUCCAGUGAACAGCUGUAAUGGCUAUGGAAGAGUUGGUAUUGUGUCCAUUCACCAGGAGAUCCUUCCCAGUGACUUGGAUGACAUGUUGAUUGAAAGCUUGGACUGUGACAUGGAGUCAAUUAUUCGCAAUGACCUUAUGGAAGACGGAGAAGCAGAUUUUAACUUUGAUAGCAUAUUACCUAACCAAAGCUUUCCUCACAGUGUAGCAACAACCACACACAGCUGGGUAUCUGGGUAAAUGGUGUUCUGACAGACCCUAUGGAGAUGAGAGGAAGAAACGGCCAAAGAUGUCCCGUUCCCUUCUCCAGUCGCUUUUUUU